UAAAUUUAGACUUUAUUAUGAAAAAUUCUCUACGAUAAUUUUCAUUUUAUCAUUAAAAAAAGGAACAUUUACCAAAAGAGCGAAAACUUAUGUAACAAAAGAUCUCACAAGAGCUCGAUAAAAACUUAUAAAAUCGAUAGAUUCUUAUCAAAGUUGAUACUCUGGGCGUACCAAGAAGGUCUUUUGAUGAAGACGAUGCUCUUCUCUAAUCAAAAUAGGGUUUAGAGUAUUCCUCUAAAUGAUAUAAAGCUUUGAAUGUAAUUGCAAUUUGAUAAUAAAAAUGAGUUGUGUUUUAUAACCUCUAUAAAUUAAUAAUUAUUAAUGUUGGAAUUACACCAAAACUAUAAUUUUUUUAUUAAUUUAUAGAGAUAUUAAUUUAUUGAUAUAUUAAUUAAACCAAAAACUCAAUUUGAAAUUAUAAAAUUAUAUUAUUAUAUAAAAAUUUUUAGUAUAUAUUAAUUUAAAGAAUAUAAAUUUAUAAGAACACCCGCAAUUGGAAUCCUUAAAAGUGAAUCCUUAAGAAAAAAUAAUUAAAUAAUCAGUGGACCCUACCAAAAACUAAAGAUUCAAUCCUUAAAAUUUCUAAAUAAGUGCUCUUUCUUAGUAAAAUUUCUAAAGAUAUGUGGCGACUCACGAUUGGUUGAUAUUAUUUUUAUGAUUUAGUUUAUUAUAUUUAGUUUUAUUUUUUUCUUAUAUGUAGCUUUGUAUAUAAUUCAACAGGUUGUAUAUAAUAGUUUAAGUUGCCGCGAAGAGAGCAUAAGAGCGGAGCCGCAGCCUCGCAGGUUAGGGAGAUAAAAAGAUCAGCCCAAUCAAAUCUGAUUUGGAUUAGUUAUCUUCUUUCUUCCUGUUUUCUUUGUAAAUUUCGUUUCCCUUAUGGUUUUGUGUUAUUGUUUUCUUAUAUGUAGCCCUAGGUAUACAUUAAUGGGUCAUAAAGCGUGGAUUCGUUAAACGAAAAUUUCUCUACCAAGUGGCAUAGCAAUGGAAGGAAAAGUUUCUGAGGUCAGAAUAGAUAUGCCUAUUCCGAAAGAGACUUGCAGUAUAUGUAUCGAUGACAAUAUCAGUGCUAUUCAGAUGUUUUCUGUUGAUAUUUGUGGUCAUCGGUUUUGUUCCGAAUGUGUGAAACGAUAUAUUGAGGCGAAACUACUCGAGGGAAAUAGGCUUACAUGUCCUCAUGAUGGCUGCCAUCUUGAGCUGCGUUAUCAAAGUUGUGUCAACCUUUUGACUGAUGAACUAAAAAAAAUUUGGAAGCAGAGGAUCAUUGAGGAAUUGAUUCCGGUAAUGGAGAGAGUUUACUGCCCGAACCCGAGGUGCUCAGCUUUAAUGUCGGUAAAGGAACUCUCUAUUAUUAAAUCUACCGAAGAAUCUGGAGUUAGGAAAUUAUGUGUCAAAUGCCGUGAACCCUUUUGCAUCAACUGCAAAGUUACAUGGCAUAAAAACAUAUCGUGCGACAAUUACAAGAUUUUGCAUCCAAAUUCUGUAGCAAACGAUUCAAAGCUAGAAGCUCUAGCCAAUAAGAACAUGUGGCGACAAUGCACCAAGUGUCAAAACAUGAUUGAACUUUCUGAAGGAUGCGCAACUGUACAAUGCAGAUGUGGACAUUCGUUUUGCUACCGAUGUGGAGCCAAUGCUGGAUGUUGCCCUCAUGGUCAUAACUUUUAUGAUCUGAGGACUGGACGUCUAUUGUAUCGACCAUGGUGUGCUGCCUUGUGGACUCUCGUUUUGCUUGUGGUGACGGUUGCUGGUAUUGUCGCCUCUGUUGUUUUUAUUAUUUUACAUUUCGUCAGAAAGAAAUAGAAAACUAAUAAUCGGUUUGGUAGAUUGAAAAGAUUACUAAUAGAAGUACAAUCCCAAUUUUCCAGUAUGUUACACUCGUGCAUUAACAAUUGAAAGAAAAACAACAUGUACAUAGUAAACUCGAAUUCCGGAAGACAAAGUUUGUUACAUUAACGACUGUCGAAACAAGAACAUGCUAAGGCCCCUAAGGCUAGUUAAUAUUGUUCAUUAUUUUGGAUUUUUAUCACACUCUGAAAACAAUCAAAUAGUUAAAAGAAAUACAAUUGAAUAUCAAGGCUUGCAGGAGCUGUCAAAAUACCCUUACUAGAAGACUUCGUUAGAAGAUUUCAUUAGCAGGCUACUAGAUGUAACCCUUAUUAGCAUCAAACACAUAUGUAUGAUUAUUUGGUUUGGACCAAGAGGAUCAAGAGCUGUUGUACGACCUAUGAGAAUUUUUUUCUGAUCUGAUACUGCUCAUUCAUGAAGUUCUAGACUGGAAAAAAUAUAUGGGCAUGUGUAUGAAUUAAUUUGUUUUAUGCUUCGGUAUUUGGGUGAGUUUAGAUCAAGAAAAAGGUUCAAGAAAUUAGAUAUCAAAAUCAGUCCACUUUUGUAAAGCUACAAGUCCAAAAAGAAUUUAAUACAAAUGAUUUAUUUCCUUGCCAAGAAGAUGGGCAAAAAUCAUAAACAAAAUUGCAAUGAAUGCUUCUCUCUCUCUUGCAUGCAAGGAGUCAUUUAUGUAUUUUUUUUCUAAAUUAUUUCAACAAUUUUCUAUGUUUUUUUUUUUAAGAAAACUCUUCAUUAUUAUUAUUAUUAUUUUUUUAAUAUUAUAAAUCAACCGGUUAGACCGGAAUUUCAGUUUCGGUUACAAGUUUGAUUCAACCAAAAUAUUCCUAAUUCAAACAUUACAAGUCUAACUUCGCUUGCCCACUUAACCGACGCCAUCCGCUAGACUGCUCUGAAAUCUUUAGAAAAUCAAUACCCGUUCUCAGCCGUUGGUGUGAACCACAAGAAGGUGGAGUUUACCUUGUUGCCUCGGAUGUCGGACUUCUCGUGACAUCACAUGAGUAGCUAGGUAUUGAUAAUAUUCUCAAACUUGUAACUGGCCAUGAAGCGCUAGACUCGAUGAUUAGAGGAAGAAGGAUAGCAAACCUUGCGGGAAGCCACCCGUACCAUACUAAUCGAAGGACAAAGAGGAAAGGACACCAUGAACCGCAAGCAGCAAUAGCGCCACCCAACCUCGACAAGGCGAGCUGCGGUGAAAGCGAAGCCAGAACCCGGGACUUCAGUACCUGCAAAUAAAGAGAGAGAGUAUCCUGCUAAGAGUACCAACGGCGGUCCAAGCACUGGGAUGGCUACUCUCUAAUCAAAGCUCCCCGUUGAACAGAGACCCAUAAGACUCGAAUGGAGUCCCCGUCCAAAGCCAUGACCCGAGACUAGAGAACCUAGCUCGGUCCUCUUUGCGCUACAUCACUAGGCCUCGCUGGGGAAGCAAAGAGUAGUGAAGAGCAGCACCAAAACGCUCAGUAGCCAUUCGCGAGAUGGAACGAGCAACAACCAGGACUAGAGGAUGGGGCGGACCAGCAAGUAAAGAGCAUCAACGGAGGCCAAACCGUCACAUCCAUAGACGACAAGACAAGCUCAAACCUCUAAAGAUGCACGCCCAUAACCACAAAGAGACUGCGACCACACGACCACGAAGACUCAUUGUGAACGCGCCAACGAUGGACCACCGUCGUCUACACUGAGCAGAAGCAAAUCCCAAAACCGAAGGCGAGACACCAAGCCUUGAUUCUAAGAAGUCAAACAAACACCACUCCACAAAAAGCUUCGAAGAAGACAUACAAUGAAGAACCGGAGGAGAGAGCAGGAGAACCACCACCACGCGCCAUCACCGCCACAACAGUGACCGGAUCUGCAAAGUGAAAGAGAGAUCCGCCACUGCCGCACUCUAAAACGCCGACUCCACUCCUCGAAAGACCUCGCCGCUUCGUUGUAGUUCCAGGCGUUCACCACCUACCACCAGAUCUAGAUCCCCUCGAGGUAGAUCUAGGGUUCCGGCGAGCGACGUUCCCCCAGAAGCUCAAACAUAUCGAUGACAAAGAUGGAUCCAAGGAAGAGAAGCAAAA